AUGAGCUUGUAUUUCUCACACCCCAAGCAGGAAAAGCAGCCAGCUAACGUAGAAUCCCCAGAUAUACACGCAAUACAAGUUAAAAAUCUCGAAACAUUUGUCAAAACAGACUUCGAAAAUCUAGGAGAAGAUGGAGAAAUUUCCUUCGAGAUCGAUCUCAUCAAGCACCGCGACCUAGCCAGAAACUUUCUCCCGCAUUCAGCGCUAGAAAUACUAAAGCUAAGGAAGAGGUCUUGCAUAGUGAGAUAUGUUGACGUCUUUGUUGAUAGGAUGAAAGCGACGGGAGGUGAGAAGGGUGUGGAGCUGCGCCAGUGGGCAGAUCGCUGA